CCCUCUGCUUGAACAAUCGAGUUCGACUUCUCACGGUUCUCACUGCAGUUCAUUGUCAUGGUUGCAUUGUUUGUCAUGUUAAGUUCUCGUAUUGCUAAGUACCACCGAAACCUGCUUGGCCAAACAAUGCAAUUGAACCACCAUUGUUCCACCAGAGUUUCCUCCAACCUGUAGUGCACAUCACGAGCCUCCACCAACUAUUGUUCUUGUACAUGCUCUGCAUGAGUAGAGUAACUCUUCUUCCAAAUCUUCAGCCUUCUGACGCCGAUCGAAGCAUCACGCGUCUCGAAUUUUCAGUUCAAUUGGCUUGUCCUUUCGCUCUCGUCCAAUAUUAACAUCUCCCCCAUUUUGCAGAGCAUCUGCAUCGGACUGGACCGAAAUUGCAGCGGUUGAUCACCCACUUAUCCUUGGUCGAGCUUGUCUUCUUCAUUAUAAUGGCUUCUCCUCAGCGCGUUCACUGUCUGAACCUCAAAGAUGACGGCUCGCCAAAUAUUGGCGGAACGUACAUAUGCCUUCCGCCGCCGACAACACCCGCCUACCACCUGCGCUUUUCGAUCCAAGGAACAAGCUCCGUCUGCCAGCGUGGCAGCUUGUGGUCCAAUAUACCAGGCAUUGGGGAGACGUUUCAGCGGGACCAAUUCCGGGAGUUCAAGUUGGAUCCUGACUUCAACCGCAACAUUGAAAUCGACUUCACCAUCACGCAGCCUGGAUCUUUCUCCUAUUACAUUACCUAUUCACCGUUGCCUUUAUUUUCUCUCGGCCCCACGGAAGCGUCAAAACCCGCCCGAACGCCCGAAUAUUAUAUCGAUGUCACCCCGGCGCUCACACUUCGGGGAAACCCCCUACCUUUGGACUCACUUUCCAUCAUAUCGUGUUUGUCGAAGUUCAUGGGCCAGUACCCUUCCGAUUGGCAGAGCCAUCUUGGUGGGAUCAGUGCCAGGGGGUAUAACUGCGUCCAUUUCGCUCCAUUAAUGAAGCGGGGCGAGUCGAACUCUCCCUACAGCAUGUACGAUCAGCUCGAGUUUGACCCGGAGUGUUUCCCCCAUGGGGAGGCCGAUAUUGCUGAUCUGGUUAAAACGAUGCAUGAUGACAAUGGCUUGUUGACACUCUGUGACAUUGUCUGGAAUCAUACUGCCAACAAUAGUCAGUGGCUCGAAGAACACCCUGAGGCUGGCUACAAUGUGGUCACGGCACCGCACCUGGAGUCGGCUCUGGAGCUGGAUAAUGCGUUGCUCGACUAUAGCAAAUCGCUACGAAGCCUUGGAAUGCCCACUGAGCUCCAGACGGUGGAUGAUUUGCUCAGUGUCAUGGAAGGAGUGAAGACUUACUGUAUUAGCGGAAUCAAGCUAUGGGAGUACUAUGUCCUCAACCGGGAUCGUGACGCCGAUGCAGUUGUCAACGCAUGGGUUUCAGGCAAGGCAAGCAUUUCCAAAUCGAUAACCAGCAGACCUGGGUAUAGCCAACCUGAGCUGCUCAAGGAUCAAUCUUUGAAGUGCAAGGCAGAUUGGCUCAUUGACAAUUGCUUGGAAGGAUCCGAUCGCAUGGGAGAGCGAUUUCGACGUCGCAUCAAUCCUCAGGCAGGCGCAUUUUUUCUGAAUGCGCUCAAGGGCCGCUACGAAAAUGGGAAAUCCGAAGCAGCUGCAAAGGAGGAGCUACUCCAAGUCACCGACGACGUGAAACUGAUGGUUGAUGAAGUUAAUCUGCAGUUCUACAAGGAAUACGACACCGAUUGCGCCGAAAUUAUGGAACAACUCUUCAACCGAACCAAAUAUACGCGUCUCGACGACCACGGUCCGAAGCUUGGCCCGAUCACUCGACAGAAUCCACUGAUCGAAGCUUACUUCACUCGCUUGCCCCUGAAUGAGACAACCAAGAAGCACGAUCUAAAGUCCUUAGCCCUUGUCAACAAUGGAUGGAUUUGGGCUGCCGAUGCCUUACGGGACCACGCCGGGCCAAAGUCUCGUGCUUAUCUUCGGCGAGAAGUGAUCGUAUGGGGAGAUUGUGUCAAACUCCGAUAUGGCAGCGGCCCGGAAGACAACCCUUACCUCUGGGAUCGCAUGGCGCGAUACACACGGCUGAUGGCCAAACAUUUUCAUGCGUUCCGCAUCGAUAAUUGCCACUCCACUCCGAUCCACCUCGCUAGUUAUAUGCUGGAUGAAGCUCGAAAAGUGAGGGAGAACAUCGCCGUGUUCGCGGAAUUGUUUUCGGGGUCAGAACAGAUGGAUUCCCUGUUUGUCCAGCGUUUGAACCUCAAUGGUCUGAUUCGGGAGGCUAUGCAGGCAUGGAGUACUCAAGAAAUGUCCCGCCUAGUCCAUCGACACAAUGCACGACCUAUUGGAAGUUUCGACGUCGACGAUAUCGUGACAAAUGACCGGUCCAAUGGACUACAAAAUGGCACCACUUCCAAGCGAGAGACCGUUCGGACCGUUAGGGCAAGCACUGUGCAUGCGCUGUUCAUGGACUGCACCCAUGAUAACGAACCCCCAGCAGAGAAACGCGAUGCUCGGGACACAUUGCCAAAUGCCGCCCUCGUGGCUAUGUGCGCAUGCAGUACUGGCAGCGUGAUGGGUUACGAUGAGAUUUACCCAGCUCUCCUGAACCUAGUGUCUGAAACAAGGCUCUAUGGCUCGCCAUAUUCGACAAAAGACGCCAUCGCCAACAUCAAAAACGUCACAGACGGGAUUGGUGCAUGCAAAGCUAUAUUCAACACCAUUCAUACGCUCAUGGGCACUGAAGGAUACAAUGAGAGUUUCAUCCAUCACGACCAGGAGUAUAUCACAGUCCAUCGAGUCAAGCCUCAAACACGCGAAGGGUACUUCUUGAUCGCCCAUACUGCCUAUCCUGGCUCUAGCACAAACAAUGGGAAUCUGGAUCCUGUGAGACUUCCCGGAACUGAAGCUGAGAUCGUUGGUGCCUGGGUCUUGGAAGUUGACAGUUCUGCGGAAACGAGGAGGACUACGCAAGCGGACACAAAGGUCCUCCGGGGAUUGCCUAGCAGCGUGACUGAAAUCUCAGACGUCAAACUCGAGAAAGACGGCUACGAUUGCUUGAUACAUCUUCCACCAAAGUUCCCGCCUGGCAGCGUUGCAUUAUUCAAAACGAAGAUGCCAGCGGCCAGUCGUGCCCUCAUCGUGGCCGACGUGGGUCCUCAAACAAAUCUCGAGUCGUAUAUGACAUCCGACGCUGCUCAAGCCUUUGGAUCGCUCUCAUUGUGCGAGCUCAAUGUGGCGUUGUAUCGCUGUGAUGCCGAAGAGAGAGAUCUUUCUGAUAGAUCCGACGGGACAUACCAAAUUCCUGAGGCAGGAACUCUCGUCUACGCUGGCCUCCAAGGGUGGUGGUCUGUAUUAGGACCAGUCGUUCGCGACAACAACCUUGGCCAUCCAGUUUGCCAGCAUUUGCGUGAAGGUGACUGGGCAAUGGACUACAUUGUGUCACGGUUUGAAAAGCUUUCCAACCAGAGUGGAUUGCAAGGCCUUGUCAGCGUCGCAGCAUGGCUAAAGAGCAGAUUCGCAGCGAUCAAAGAACUUCCAAUGUUUCUUCAUCCACGAUACUUCGCCAUGGUCAUACGGACAGCAUACCACGCUUCGAUUGAUCGAAACAUUUCUCUCCUGAGCAGAAACAUUGGCGAUGCUCAGCAGUUCGUGAAAGACCUUUCACUCGUUUCAACCCAGAUGACAGGUCUUGUGAAUAGCGCAAGUCUCUGGCCCAAUAAAGCGGUACCAUCCAUGGCCGCCGGACUUCCACAUUUUGCUUGCGACUGGGCUAGAUGCUGGGGUCGAGAUAUUUUCAUAUCCAUGCGAGGGCUGUAUCUCAGCACUGGAAGAUUCGACGAUGCCAAAGAACACAUUCUUGCAUUUGCCAGUGUAGUCAACCAUGGGAUGAUUCCCAAUCUACUCUCUGGUGGUCGGCUUCCACGCUACAACUCCCGAGAUAGCGUGUGGUUCUUCUUGCAGGGCAUCCAAGAUUAUUGCACGCUUGCGCCAGAAGGACUGGGCUUGCUCGAGGUUGAAGUCCCAAGGAGAUUUCUACCCUACGACGAUACCUGGUUUUCACACGAUGAUCCCCGCGCGUAUAGCACACGGAGCACGGUUCGAGAAGUUGUCCAGGAAAUCAUGCAACGACAUGCAUCUGGACUCCACUUCCGAGAGUACAACGCCGGUCCGGACCUCGAUUCGCAAAUGACCGAUGCUGGGUUCAAUAUCGACAUUCAAGUUGACUGGACUAACGGUAUGCUCUUCGGCGGCAAUCAGCACAAUUGCGGUACUUGGAUGGAUAAAAUGGGAGAAAGCGAACGUGCAGGAUCCAAAGGGGUGCCUGGGACACCACGCGAUGGUGCCGCAGUGGAAAUCACCGGUCUCUUAUUCAGUACGCUUGCUUGGCUUACUCAACUGCCAGCUGCGAAGAAAUUGGCCACCAACGGGGUUGAGAAACCUGAUGGAUCGACAGUGACGUGGUCUGAAUGGGCCAAACUGAUCAAGGACAAUUUCGAGCGUUGCUAUUACGUCCCAUCGAAUGAAAGCGAGGACCAAGGCCACGACGUGGAGCCUGAGCUUAUAAACAGGCGUGGAAUAUACAAAGAUCUUUACCGUUCCGGAAAGCCGUACGAGGAUUACCAACUUCGACCCAACUUUCCGAUCGCCAUGGUCGUGGCUCCCGACCUUUUCUCUGUUUCUCAUGCCAUUUCGGCCCUUCAUGCGGGUGAUCAAUAUCUACGUGGACCAUUAGGUAUGGCAACGCUGGAUCCAGGGGACCUAAACUACCGUCCAUACUAUGUCAACAGCGAGGACAGCGACGAUUUCGCAACAAGCAAAGGGCGGAAUUAUCAUCAAGGUCCCGAGUGGGUUUGGCCACUGGGUUUCUUCCUUCGAGCCCUUCUCAUAUUCGGAUUGGCAGAAGUGGAUCAAGUAGCUGCAAAGGAGAACUGGAGUGACGAGCGACGACGAGAAAAGCACACGGAGGUGUUUCAGCAGGUCCAUCAACGCCUCAAAGGGUGUCGCGCUGCAAUUCGGGACGAUGGGAACUGGUGGAAGGGCUUGACAGAGUUAACGCAAAAGGGCGGCGAAUUAUGUCCUGAUUCGUCGCCUACACAGGCCUGGUCCGCUGGGUGUUUGUUGGAUCUGUUCCAGGAGGCGCGAGAGCUUGGAAUUGACUCUUGAUUAGCACCGAAUGAAAAGCAAGAUGGACGGCCUGGCACGCCUGGAUAACGGUUGCGUUACUGUCCCUUAGCACCAUGUUCAUCGGCUUAAGGAGCGAUAUGCUUGAACGAAUUGUUUUGUACUGUACAUAGAGGAAUAGAGAUACUUAAAAAAGGUUUAUAUUUCAAUUAUUAGAGCCA